AUGGCUGACAGGAGAAGAAAUAACGGUCCGCAAAGCGGUACCAGAGCGCCUGUAUAUGCUUCAUUACUACGCAAUGCAGCAGGCGAAGCAGCAGAAAGACCACAGCGGGCGAGGAAACCUACAGAGCUGCGAAAAAUAUUCUUAAAAACCGGCCUUAUUCCCUCCGCAAGCGGAUCAUCAUACCUCGAAAUUGAACCUGCUAGACGACCAACCAACACCCCCAAGUCGCUGAUAGCUCCUGCUACAUCGUUGAAGAUUGCAUGCGCAGUACAUGGCCCGCGACCUCUUCCGCGCUCAGCGAAUUACUCACCAAACCUCCUUCUCACGACCCACGUCAAAUAUGCACCGUUCGCACACCGACGACGAAAAGGACAUAUCCGAGAUGCCAGCGAGCGUGACUUGGGCGUGCAUCUUGAAACUGCCAUUAGAGGAGCUAUAAUAGCUGAGCGCUGGCCUAAGAGUGCGUUGGACGUGACCAUUACUGUUCUCGAAGCGGAGGACGACCGGUGGUGGGGUGAUGCAUCUGGUUCAUCGGAUGCCUCUUGGGGAAUGAUGAAUGUGCUUGCAGGCUGUAUUACGGCUGCAGCGGCGGCCAUUGCUGAUGCAAGAAUUGACUGUUUGGAUUUGGUUGCUGGUGGUGUUGCUGCGUUGGUUGCUGAUGAUCAGCAGGAGGAUAAAAGCACAGAAGGGGGCGUAAGUCCUCCCAGGCUAUUCCUUGAUCCAGACCCAUCUGAACACAAGAAUAUUGUUGCUGCUUGUGUUGUUGGAUAUCUACCUGGUCGGGACGAGAUUACGGAGAUCUGGUUGAAAGGUGAUACGUCCGAAGUAGCUUCAACGACACCGGGAGAAAAGAUGUCGGGACAUGACGUAUUGAUUGAUGGUGCUAUUGAUGCAGCACGUGCUGCUCGAUCUGUGCUUGCUGCUGCUGUCAAAGAGUCGGGUGAACGUUUUAUUGCGCAAUCUAUGGGCGUUUCGGGGACUGAUAUUGAAAUGAAGACUUGA